AUGGAAAAAUAAUAACAUUUUUAAGAGUUAAAAAUUGGAGAAGAAAUGAAAGAUCAAAUUGAGAUGAAUGUAGAAUAACAAUUAAAUCAAGAAAAUAGUAUUAGUAAUUUUUCAAAAUCAAAAAAAAAAUAUUAGAAAAUAAUUGAAAAAUUGAAAAAAAUCAAAAAGAAGGAAUUAAAAAAGAGAAACAUAAAUGCUUAAAUUAAUGAAUAAAAAAUUGAAGGAGAUGAUUAUAGUGAAGUUAUUAGAAAUUAAGAAAAAUUAAAAAUUUUGAAAGAAAUAAUGAGUUCUGUUCCUGCAUAUUUAUUAAUGAGCCAAGCACAAAAAAGAAAAUUCUUUAAAACUGUUAAUAAUCAAUUUUAUGAGAGUUUAUAAAAAGAAUUAGGUUCACAAUGUUCUCAUUAAAAGAGUGUUCAUUUCAAUCUUGAAAGAAAUAAAAUAAAAAGUAUAUUUUGUAAUUAUUUUAGCUUUUAAUAAGAGUGAUAAUGUAUUAGAAAUUUCAUAGUCGAUAAUUUGA